AUGUGUCUACCACAGCAACACCACUCUAUCAUCUCAAAUUUUUCUGGCGCAUGUGUCGGACCUGGAUGUCUUAGAAGCCCUUCACUUGCCACUGUCAGUAACCUCACAAACACACUCUACUCAGCCACAACGGGACCAUUGGCUGCCACUACAAGACAACAAGCACCGAACGUUGCCCGAUCUCCUACUGCCUCUUCUGCUCCAACUUUAUCGCAAGUACUGACACCGUCAGCUUCAACACUUGCUUCACCAUCAACAGCAUCAGCUUCUAACCCUUUCAGUCAAGUCGCCGUUUCGGGCCAGACGUCAAUUUCUCUGCCAGCAGGCGCGAGGACCACACUUGUCUCACUCGGUCUACCGACUUGUCAGCCUGUCCAAGGACCAGCUACGAAUCAAGCGCCUAUGCAAUACAGGCGCCUCUCACUCUCCACUGCUACCACAGCUGUUGCGACUAGCCUUGUGCCUACUGUCACCUGUGUUGUUUCGUCUGCCGCAUUUCCCACUGCUUUGCCAUCGGAGCCGGCUUCAUUGACUGCUACCACCCAUCUCAGGCCACUCUAUCCUGCUGUGUCCAGUAGUCAACUUUCAAUAGCAAAUGCCGUCAUUUCGAGCCCAGCCCCGCCACUUGUUAGCCCGCCGGCUACGCCAAUCGGUUCUGGCCACCAUCAGCUACUCCCAUAG